AUGAGCUUCGUGGGCCUGCGACAGCUCCAGCAGAGGGAGGAGGACGAACACCAGCUCAAGCAGGGCAGCACGGGUCUCAAGUCCGAACGAAGUGCCACGAUUGGGCGCGUGGUCGACGACGAGGCCUCCUCGUGUCCUAGCGCGGACCCGUAUCUCGACUUCCUGGUGACGGUCACCACGGCGCGGCUGGCCAACAGCGGUUCUGCGUCGCCGUCGUCACCAACGACGAUGCCGUGGUCCAAGUCCUCUUCGCCGUCACCGGCGCACAUGCUGUCGGCAUCGAUGCCCGCUUCGGCCCUGCAGGGUCCGCUCUAUUCGGUGAUGCGACGCCAGCAACUGGAAGUGCAGCAGACCCGCAAGCGGCUCGAUGCCGAGGGACACACGCCGAGCAGCGCCAGCAGCUCCUCCCCGAGCAGCACCUCCCACGUCUUCCGCACCGGCAACAUGCAAUCCACGCCGCAAGACCUGCGGUCGCUGGCGAGCAUCGUCAAGCGCGGAAUUCUAUGCGCGUGGAGCGUGCAGCAGGGGAAGGACCCCAAGACCGGGCUUCCCGUGCCCGUGUCCGUGUUCGACCCGGUGCGCAUCAUCAUCGACGAGACCAACCUCUACAUCGCCCCACAGACCGCCACAGAGGCUGAGCUGCCCACGAGAAUUGCGCUGUCGAGCAUCCACCGCGUCAGAGAGUUCCGCACGGCGAGCAAAGACUGGGUGAACAAGUAUGGCCUCACCCUCGAAUUCAUGACCAACACCACGUCCCGCUCCGAGAAGGUGACGCUCGUGGCGCCCACCAAGAAGUCCCAGCAGUGGUGGAUGAAGGCGGUCAUCAUGAACAAAGGUCUGCUGCGGGACUGGAACGAGGAAUUCCAGGAGGCGAUGACGGCCUACCGGCGGGAGAACAUCAACCAGCAGGCCAACGCCAUGAUGGGUGGCCUGAAGGGGAAGGGUAGGCACAAGGACGAGCACGACUACCUGUCAAUGUCCAUCGACGGCAUUUCCCUCGCCUCCCUCCCGCUUUCCGUCCGGGCCUCGUUGCAAGUGGUGGAUCUGGUGAAAGAGUUCACCGAGAUCGCCGAAGUCAUCGCACAGAUCAUCGUCGAUGAGCUGCACUGCCCGGUGGCCGAGAAGCUGAUCCCGCCCACGCAGCUCGGCGGCAUGGCAGGUGGCGAGAAGUACCUCUCUCACGGCAUACUCUUCAAAUUUGCCAUCGACUCGCGGGGUCUCUACAACGGCGACGAGUUCGCCAUGAAGGCCACGCAGCACGAGAUCAAGGGACUCACGGCCUACAUCAACUAUUCGCUCAAUUCCAAUUUUCCCAACACCCUCCACUUCCCAGUCAUGUCGGUCAUCGAUUACAAGGGAUUUCGGCUGAGUGCUACUUCCAUUCUGCCCGUCGGACCGAACACGAUCGUGUACGGAUCGGCCGAUGGGUCGAAGACGGUGCACAACAAGUACAAGGACAUGAACGCGCUCAUGAAGAAGGCCGGCCGCGCGCUCAAUCUCAAACCCCAUUGGGUCACCCCGCUGCUGCCCGGCGGCCCCAAGGUCCUCAUCUGCGGUCCCGGCGACAUCGAGGGACACCUGGGAACUGAUGGUCGCUUCUACGUGCUCGAUACGGCGCGGGUCUUUCCACCGACCACUCCAACGCCCGAGCUGAAGGGUUCCUUCUUGUACCGGCUGAUGCGGCCCGAGUUCGUGAAGGUCAACGAAUACCCGCUCUGCUCGGAUGCCUAUUCACGAUGGGCGCACGAUCCCGACAAUCCGAAUGUGCUGAAGCAGCACAACGCAGAAAUUGUGGAGGCGACCAAUCACCUCGUGCAAACGGUCAUUCCAGCCUUUGCCUUCUUCGAGACCAUCUUCAUCGAGAGCCUCAAUGCGUGGCGGUCGUUCGUCGAGGACAUGCGCGUUCUGGUGAUCGACAUGCACCGCGGAGGGAUCAACUGCAGAUACCUCGGCGUCAUCCGGCAGCACGUCACCAACACCAACCUCCGCAAGAGCAUGCUCAUUGAAAUGGUGUCGCGCGUGCUGAAGAACGAGCUGAGGGAGCAUAUGCGCAACGUGCGCAGUUCGAGCGAGGAGGACAACAAGGGCGUCAUCGCCACCUUCUUCGGUCGGUUCCUCCAGGACCCCCACUUCUGGCAGUCCUCCCCCUCUAUCUCCACCACCUUCGAUGUCAAGCAGCGCCUGCAGGAGCGCUUCCCCUCGUGUCUCACCGUCGGCGAGCAAAUGCCCGGCUGGGACCUGAGGGCCGAGCUCCACAUCGGGGCGGUGUUUGCGCGCGUGAACCAGCUGAUGGGCCUCAACUGGAGCGAGGAAUUCGACACGCGCCUGUGGCGAUGGUUGGACAAGCCGCGCGGCGACCUUGCCAGCAUCGAAGAGCUUCGCUGCUCCAUCGUCAAGAUCAGCCCCACGGUGGCCCAGUUGCCGUUGGUGUCGUUCUUCGCGGCGAAGAAGUUCGAGAAGUAUGCCGACAGCCCAUACGCCAGCACCAAGAAGCAGCUCGAGAGCUUCCUGCUCAAGGCGCGGGAUCAAUACCUUCUGGCCCUGGAGAUGAAGUCGGACGACGUGACGAUCCUGCUCAACCUCGCCUCGCUGUUUGCUCGCCUGGCCCGAUGCAUCGAAGAGCAGAUGCACGACCCUAGGACCAUGGCCAAGAUGCGGAAGGUGGAGGGAUUCGACAUGAAGCACUUCCGCCAUCGCGCCCAUCGCUUCUACCAGUCGGCCGAUCGUCAAUACCAGGAGGCGCUGCGGAUCGAUUCAACGCGGGCCGACCUGCUGGCGGGUUACGCCGCGUACCUGCUGACGCUGCCCGAGCGGGCCAAGGAGGCCGAUAAGUACUACACGCUCGCCAUGCAGGCCAACCCGCACAACGACGAGCUCAAGGCCAAACACGAGCGCUUCCACGACGAUCUCCACCACCGCCACCACCCCGCCCCGCCGCUCGACCUCGCCGCCAGUAGUAGCACUCUCCCCAAGAGCGGGGCGCUGCUGGGCGCCAAGACGCUCCGACUUCGGCGGCUGCAAUCGAAUUCGCUGGGGUCGGGUAUUCUGCGGCUCUCGGGCAGACGAGAGGCCGACGACAUCGUCAUCUCGUCGCCCCAGACGAUGAAGCGCACUCUCCAGAUCGCGCUCGUGGCCGGGCGCAGUCUCCACGGCCGAGGAGGGAAAGAGAGCGACGUGGUCGACCCCUAUUGCGUGCUGCAGCUGGGCCAGCAGGUGCAGCGAUCCACCACCAAGAGGAAGACGUCGAGCCCCUCCUGGAACGAAACCUUUUCCUUUACAAUAACCAACGCGCAGGAGGCGGUGAAGCUGUAUGUCUACGACACUGGUCUCUUCUCCCUGACCCAGAACUGUAUGGGGAUGCGCGUGCUGCCGAUAUCGGAGAUCGAGGCAAUGAACGGACACACGGGUUGGUAUGUGCUGUGCGCGUCGGAGGGAGAGCCUUCCGACCUGGCCCUCGGCGAAGUGCGCCUCCACUUCCAACUCGAGUAG